CCUGCAGCUUUCCAAAACCUCAUCAACCUAAACAAAAACAAUCUUGUCGUGUCGUCCCUGAAAACUUAUUUGCAUAAUCUGAUGAUUUUAGUACUUAAGCUCACAUCCACAGGGGCAAACUAACAUGAAGGGUUGUACUCGUUUUUCUUUCUUUGUGACAUUUUGGAGGCACCGUGAACUGACAUAGACAUAGUCAGUCAUCGGUCAUGACCUUACCGGAGACUACUAGUCACUUCCCUGUGAGGCUGGGAAUCAGGAUGCCCAAGAGUGUGGCCUGAAAGCACUGACUCUAGAUUUGUUAUUUCCCUCCCACGACCCCAACUCUGAAGUCUUUGCACCCAUAUACCUGUUCAGCGAGAGCAUUACAACGUAUUUGUACUUUUGUGCAAUUAUGUAUUUGUUCUGUGUUUACUCUAGCUAUUUCCAAAUGCAAUGCAUAGAGCACCCUGCAGCUUGCCAUUUCCUUACCAACACUAUAACCUGCUGCAAUGGCAGUGCAGAAACUCUUCCACAUCUCAAUUUUCCUGCUAGUAUGCACAGCCAAGGCAAUCAACCCCGAAGCUGAAGCACUACUCCGAUGGAAGUCCACUUUGAUUGGUGCCAACCCGUUGCCCUCGUGGUCAAUUGCCAACUCUACGUGCUCUUGGUCCGGCGUCACCUGUGACGCUGCCGGACAUGUUACCAAGCUCCACCUUUCCGGCUUUGGGCUCCAUGGUACGCUACACGCCUUCUACUCUGCUGCGUACCAGAAUCUCAUCAAGAUCAAACUCAACAGCAAUAAUCUUGUUGGCACCAUCCCGGCAAACAUAUCCCUUUUGCUCACGCUCACCAUUUUGGACUUGAGCAACAACAAUCUUGUCGGUGCCAUCCCCUACCAACUCAGCAAGCUACCAAUACUAGUCGAGGUUAAUCUGGGAAAUAACCAAUUGACUAGCCCAGAAUUUGACAAGUUCUUGCCUAUGUUCAGCUUGAAGCUAUUAUCUCUAGCUAACAAUAAUCUCAGUGGAACCUUCCCACAAUUCAUCCUCAACUACACCAAUGUGAGGAUGCAAUUCCUUGAUUUGUCAGGUAAUGACUUCUCAGGGCUGUUACCAGAUUCACUGCCGGAAAUGGUCCCAAGGUUGAGGUAUCUAGAUCUGUCAGCUAAUGGAUUCUCUAGCGUGAUACCUCGCUCACUCUCGAGGCUCCAGAAGCUUGAGAUACUGCUUCUCAACGAAAAUAAUCUUACAGGAGGGAUCCCAGAGGAGCUUGGGUUGGUACCUGGAUUGCGAGUUCUUUCACUGAGUGACAAUUCACUUGGUGGGUUCAUCCCAGCCUCACUUGGGCAGCUUCAGUUACUAGAGCAACUCAAUAUCAGAAAUGCUGGUUUGGUUUCUACUCUUCCACCCGAGUUGGGGAACCUUACUAAUCUCGGGCACUUGGAUCUGGCACAUAACCAGCUAUUUGGAAGUUUGCCACCAUCUUUGGCCAGGAUGCAAGGAAUGUCCUGGUUCAUUGUACAUGACAACUAUAUCGAUGGUAUCAUCCCGUCAGAGAUGUUUUCAAACUUGACUAAUCUUGCGGUAUUCGAUGUUGCCAAAAACUUGUUAGCUGGAAGCAUCCCAUCGCAGAUUGGUAACUGUAAAGAGAUAAUCACUCUCCUCCUCUCAAACAACAACUUUACUGGUUCCAUCCCAGUAGAGAUGGGCAGCUUGCCGAACUUGCAGUUUUUGGUCAUGUCAAAGAAUCACUUUACUGGAGUGAUACCAUCUCAUAUCGGCAAUGCAACAUCUUUGAAAUUCCUUGCCAUCAGAUCCAACCACCUUGACGGAGAGCUUCCUGCAACCAUGUCUGCAUUGAUAAAUCUUGUUGCUCUCAUCUUGUCUGGCAACAAGUUUACGGGUAUCAUUCCUAAUAUUGACAACAGGCAGUUGCCGUCUGCCAAGGUGGCAAAAGAUAAAAACGACAACAGCUUCAUGGGAGAAUUGCCAUCUGCCUUUUGUCAGUUACCACUUCUGCAACUCUUGGAUCUAUCAAACAAUCAGUUGUCUGGUGAGCUUCCUGGUUGCUUUUGGUACUUGAAAGAUUUGCAAUCCUUAGAUUUAUCGAGCAAUGCUUUUGCUGGUGAAAUUCCAACCUCAAGUUGCUGUAAUUCUUCACUAAGGUCCCUGCACCUGUCAGACAACAACUUUACAGGUUGCUUUCCAGCUGUGUUGAAGAACUUCAGACGCCUUGUUAUUUUGGAUCUCGGGAACAAUAAUAUUUCUGGUGUAAUUCCUCCAUGGAUAGGGCAAAGCAAUCCUUUGCUGAGGAUUCUCGGACUGCGAUCAAACAUGUUCUAUGGAAGUAUUCCCUGGCAGCUAUCACAACUCUCCCAUCUCCAACUGCUUGAUCUAGCUGAGAAUAAUUUUAUAGGUUCCAUACCAGAAAGUUUCGCCAACUUAUGCUUCAUGAGGCAGGCACCCACGAUGCAGCCAGGUAUAACAAUCGUCCUACAAUAUGCCACCUUUGGAUAUAUAUACAGUGGCACUAUGGUUGUAAUUUGGAAAGGACAGGAUUACAUUUUCCGGGGAAGAGAUGCAUUUGUGACAGGUAUUGAUCUCUCUGCCAAUUCUCUUUUUGGUGCUAUACCUCCGGAGCUGACAAAUCUUAGAGGCAUCCAGUUAAUAAAUAUGUCAAGAAAUUGUCUAUCUGGUAGUAUCCCAAAGGAUAUUGGCAGCCUAAAGUUUUUAGAAUCUCUUGACCUCUCUUGGAACAAGAUAUCAGGUCCUAUUCCUCCUAGCAUAUCAAACCUGAUAUUCCUCAGCUCCCUUAAUCUUUCGAGCAAUCUUCUGUCAGGAGGGAUACCUACAGGGAAUCAACUCCAAACAUUGGAUGACCCGUCAAUUUAUAGCAAUAACCUGGGACUUUGUGGCUCUGUAUUGAACAUUUCAUGUAAACAUGGUUCAAGUCCGACGACCACAUCAGAUGUGGGAAAGGAACAUCAUGAUGAACUUGAAACCAUGUGGAUGUACUGCUCAGUGAUCGCUGGAACAAUAUUUGGUUUCUGGAUAUGGUUUGGCACAUUGUUUUUCUGGAAGCCCUGGAGAUGUGCUUUCUUGAGUUGCAUAGAUGCCAUGCAACAGAAAGUUAUGAGGAAGAUGAAGCAUAUCCGAGCCUAUUGUGCAAGAUUUUUCCUGUUGUUCAGAGUUGAAGAGCAGUUUCAGGUAGCAUACAUUGGAACUGCCUUCGAGCCUACCUACCCCUUCAAAUAG